AUGAAUUCCAUUAGAGGUAGCAGUAGAGUUAGCAUCCUGAAAAGGUACACAAAUUUCCCAGUAGAUGAAAAUGAAGACUCAGACAGCGAGGAGGUGAAGACUCGUAGAAUACUCAUGAAUAAAACGAGCUAGAAACAGUUUAAGAGGCUAUUAAAUGAUGGAGUGGCUGAAGCUGUUGCCCUCAAGAUAACAACAAACCAAGCGAAUCAGACAGAAGUAAUGGCUAGACUUGAUAAAAUAAUUGAAGGUCUUUAGAAAUUCAGACAUGACUUUCAAGCACAGAGAGAGCCUAGAUACUAGCAUAAGAAAACAGAGGUGAUCAUUCCCUAAUUGGAACUGAGUUCGAAAAAGAAAAAGAAAACAAAGACUAAGGUCUGGAGCAACUCUGAAUAUGAUUCCAUAAUGAGCCCAAGUUAAAAAGGAACAGCUCGAGGAAUAGGACAGAGAUCCAAGCACACAUCUAGUAUUAAAGCUGACUCCAUAAAUGAAUCUCCUGGAAAUCGAAAAGACUUUGAAAACCCCAAAAUAAAAGUCAAACCUGUUCGUAGAUUGUCUAAGAUGAUUGACUUCUCAUCAGAGUCUAAAUAAUAAAUAUUGGAUUCUCUGAUAUAGUAACGAGAUUAAUUUCUUCAGAAAUAAAAGUCAAUAGUAUCUAACGGCAAAACAUCGACAUUAAUUUCCAAAAAUAGACUAUCUUCUCUUGACUAAAAGUCGACGAUUAUGGAUUAACAGCAAAAGCUAUCUUUGAGAUUAAUGGUUUAGGAAACAUUAUAACCGAUCGAGGAGAGGAUUUAAAUGGAAAAAACUGCAUUUGAUUUCUCAAAUUUAUAGAGUACUUUAUAAAAUGUCUCUAAUACUCCCAAUAGAAGUCACUAGAGAACGAAAUCUUAGCUACCCUUUGGUAUUUAAUAAGAGGACUAUGAUGACAAUAUGAACAAAACUAAAUUAAAAAAUCUUUAGAGUAUUAAGAAUAAGUUUCAAAAAUAUGACGCUCCAUUUGAUUAGUUGAACUUGAAUACCCCUUAAUUUCCUACUAUAUCAUUGAGAUCAUCCAUUGAGUAAGGUCAUUUGACUGUAAUGACUGAUCACAAGCCUAUAAAAAUUAUAGACUCAUAUUAAUCAUCAAGAGAUAGGCAUAACAAAUCUGUCAAGACUAACAGCAUGAUUGUUAAAAGCAUUGAAGAGAAAGCAGAUAGAGUUGUAAAUAACAUUAAAUAUACCUAGAAAAAAGCUUAAUUGGAUGCUGAUCAAACAUUUUAGGAAAAUAAAUAAAAACUCAAGAAUAUAAUUGAAGGAAGGAAUAAGUUUAUUAAUGGUUCUCCGAUGCAAUAGUAAUAAAUUGAAGUUUCUCCCUCGAAUGGAAUAAUCAAGGAAUUCAGACAUUUGAUAUAUCUAAGAAAUAAAAGAUCAUCUCUAUACAACUCAAGAGAAAACUUAAAGAGGAAAUAAGAACAACAAGAUAAAACAAUUAUUAAAAAGAAGUUUAAGAAAUCAAAGAACUUGAAUGAAGAAUCUUUUGAGGAUCAAGGGUCCUUGAAAGAGGAGCUUACUUUAAUGGAAUUAGAACUUAGAGAAAUGUCCAAGAAAUUUGCUGGCAAGGGAAGUUAACCCUCAAGUACAAGCAACACUGUAAAUACUUUGAAGCUUAAUAAUGAUCCCAGUUCAAUAGUGAAUUAUGGGGAAAGCACCACUAAUAAGAAUACUUUAAACAUUAACUGCACUUCUCCAAAUAUUACUGGCUAUUCUGGAUCUAAAAGCGCAAAUCUUGAGUAGGUCCCUGAAAGAAAGUAAUGA